AGAGAUCAAAACGACGCCGUUUUAGCUUGUUUACAAUUGGGUUAAGUGUUUCGGUUUUUGAUCAGGGAAUAUACCCAAAACCAAUUUCCCAGCGCUGCCUUCUAACUUCAUAUCUACAAGCCCGAGGCUCAUUAUCAACGAAACGGUGAUGGUGAUGAGAAACUUCAAAAUCGUGCGCCGGCUAGCAGCGUACAAGAUUCUUGAGCGUUCUGGCCUGAGUAGAUUGAGUCCAUGGAUUAUUUUGGAGUUUGCUGCACCCAAUGAAAUGAACAGUAGCAUUGCUUUAGUUCUUUUCAUGUGAAGGCUGCAUCAGCAUGUUUUUAUGCGCAUCUUACCAGAAGCGUAAAAGUUACUUCUACAUCUACAUUAAGCCAAAUUGGCAAAUCCAAUCUCUUCACCCUUUUAACGCUUUAGAGUUUAGACUUUAGACAAUCUUAGAAAUCCUUUGUCACUAAGUUUCAAAGUUUAGGACUGUGAAAGCCGUGUCUACGACUGUUUCUACCAAUUUUACUUUAAUGGCUAUGAUUGGUGAUGCUCUUAAUGGGAGUAAUGCAAUUCCAACAAGUGUUCGUCAGCCUUUUGGGUUAUAGAAUAUAUGGAGCUUCUUAGGAUGUGUUUUUUUUUAUUGCAUUGUCUGCGUUGAAUUCUUGUAAAAAAUAGAGAAAUUUGGGAAAAAAAAAAGAGUUACUCAUGAUUUGUGAAAGUGUUUGCCAGCUUGGGGCAUUGUACUGAAAGAGUGACAUGUAAUAGUUGUCCCGUGUUUAAUUUUCAUGUUCUUUUGUAUAUCACUGUUUGAAAUAUAUUUUGAGCAUGGUCAACGAGAAACAAUGUUUUAUUUAUCCCCUGAUGGAUCUGAUUUAUCCAUGCAGAGAUCAACUAUCAAAGGCCUCCAAGAGGCUAUUAUCUCUGAUGCUUCUCAUGCUGAAUCUUUAAUAGCGGGGGCAAUCCUCAAAACAUUCCAUUGCUAUGACAAAUACAGUCAGUCAAGGAAUCAUGACGAAGGAUCCCGGUCUCUACUCUUUCAUCAGCAAGAAAGCCGGGGGAGUCGGCUAGGUCUGCAUUUUGUGAUUCAGAUAAAGGAAUCAGUGAAGCUUAUUCUGAUCUGGUCACUACCACCAAACAGACUUUGGAAUCUAUAUUGGAACUGCAAGAGGCUCUUCUUGAUAGUAAUCCAUCUGUCACCAAAUCCUCAGGUGUAUGAGCCUCAAAAAAAUGAGUCAACGCAUUGUCAUCCCACGAGAUAUUAAAUGUCUGGUAAUGAUUUUUAACUUUAAAGCAAUGGUUGAGUGGAUACAACUUUAGAAGGACAUCACCAUGCCUUUUCUUUCAUAGCUUCAGUAAUGUUUUGCCCAACUUCAUUUCCUUAACCCGAGAUGUUGUGCGUAUAAAUGUCAAUGGGUCCAUGAGUAACAGUUCCAAAGGAUGAUGGGUAACAGUUUCGAAGGAUGAUGUUCCCUACAUUAACUGGUUUGAUAUCUUAUAAACUUGGGAGCAAGAGCAUCUUCUCCGGGCGAGUACCUAUGCUUUUCGUUACCUCGUGAUCGUGCUGUUGUUUUUGUGAAUUGCCUCAGCAAGAGAAACCACGUCGUUUAUCUUGUCUUUAUUCUGUCUUGGACAAUUAAUGUCGUAUUUUGAGUAGUAACUUUUUCCUAUGCUCCCUGAUCCCUCUUUUAUCUAGACUGGAACUAAACAGGCCUAUUGUACUUUCGGUUUGUCAUUCAGAUACUGAUCGGUGUCAUCUGUUGUGUUAGAUUUGGUCAUUACUUCCACGGUUUAGUUUACUGUUAAAAUGUGCCAUGAAUUUUUUAAAUGGCUUAUCAUCAUGUGGAUGUCAAAUGGAUCUUUAGUUUUAGGGAUUUGUUCUGGGUGUGUGAAUUGUUUGCCAUUACAGUCAGUUGGCAUAAUAGUCACAGCUGAUUCUAAUUUUCCCUU